GCCUCACCGGAGAUACCGAAAAGAAAGGAGUGAGGAUAAACGGGGACCGAACAACACAACAACUCCCAGCAUGAAACAAAUGUGAAACCGUCACGGGACUAUCUUUCCCAAGAAGCAUACAUUAGAUUUUUUAUUGUCUUCAUCGAGAUUUGUGAGGUUGGUGAAAUAUGGAAACGGCUGUUUCAAGAGGCUUAUUGCUCGCUCAGCUCUUGAUCGUCUGUCAAUUAGCUGAACUGGUGCAAGGAUACGGAUACCGGGCCCAGCGUAAAUUCUCAGAAGACAUCGACUGGUCCUAUGCGGGGACUCUCAACCAAAACAACUGGGCCAAGAAGUACCCAUCAUGUAACAAUGCCAGACAGUCACCCAUCAACAUCGAGGAGGAGCUGACACAGGUCAAAGUUCAGUUCCAAAAGCUGAAGUUCGAGGGCUGGGAGGAAGCGAUGUCUGAUGGGGCCACCAUCAAGAACGACGGCAAGACAGUGGCGGUGAACCCAGAGGGAGACUUCUAUGUGAGUGGAGGGGGGCUGAGGGGCAGGUUUAAGGUGGGAAGAAUCACCUUCCACUGGGGACGCUGCAACGCCUCCUCAGAGGGCUCCGAACACAGCCUCAACGGGGUGAAGUACCCCCUGGAGAUGCAGAUCUACUGUUAUGAAGCGCAUCGCUUUGAGUCCUUAGACCAGGCCAUCAAGGACGGGGGCAGGAUCACAGCUCUCUCUGUGCUGUUUGAGACGAGCAUCGAAGACAAUGACAACUACAUAGCCAUUAUCGACGGAAUCAACCGUGUCAGCCGAUUCGGUAAGAGUGGGAGGGUGGGUCCCUUCUCUCUCCGGGGCCUCCUGCCCAACUCCACAGAGAAGUACUUCAUCUACAACGGCUCCCUCACCACACCACCCUGCACUGAGACCGUGGAGUGGAUCGUCUUCAAGAACACUGUGGCCAUCUCCGACACGCAGCUGGAGAUGUUCUGUGAGGUGAUGACCAUGCAGCAGGCGGGCUACGUGAUGCUGAUGGACUACCUGCAGAACAACUACAGGGAGCAGCAGCAGCAGUUCAUGGGCCAGGCCUUCUCCUCCUACACCGGCACAGAGGAGGUCCUCACUCCCAUCUGCAGUUCAGAGCCGGAGAACGUGCAGGCAGACCCCCAUAACCUGACCAGCCUGCUGGUGAUGUGGGAGCGGCCACGGGCGGUUUACGACGCGGGGAUAGAGAAGUACUCAGUUACCUACAAGCUGGCCCAGGGAGAGGACCCUCCGGCCUUUGAGUACCUGACGGACGGAGACCAGGAUGUGGGGGCCAUAUUGCAGGACCUGAUGGCCAACACCAGCUACGUGGUUCAGGUCAUGGCGGUCUGCACCAACGGUCUGUACGGCCGCGUGAGCGAGCAGCUGACUGUCGACAUGCCGAUCGACAACCCCGAGGACACCCCUGAUCCAGAUUCUACUGGAUUUGCAGAGGAAGAGGACUAUGGACCCCGGGUUGAACCGGGUGAAGACCAGGACAAUGACAUGGACUGGACCACCCCAAGCUCUACGAGGACCAGGCCCAAAACAACCACUGGCCUACCAAGCCUCCCCUUGCCUGGUAUCAGAACAACCACCCCUUCUGUCCAGAGGAGAACCACCACUCCAGGGUCUCCUUUCAAGACCACUCAGCCCAACCGAUCCCAUACGUCCACGGCGCCGAGUGUAAGGUACCGCACCACGACCAGAGCUCCAGCAGAGGGGGCCGUCUCACCAGGCAGCAGAGGGAGCGGGAGUACCCAGAAGUAUACCACAACAGCGACCAUGCCGCUGUCUCGCACUGAUGACGUCACCACUUCCUCAACCAAGAAGGAGAAGGGCAGAGGGGUGGCGCGCCCCGUGACCAUCCCAAGCGGCAAAGGCAGCGGUGUUUCCAUGGCCAUCCCUCUCCAGGAAAGCUGGACCGUGGCCACUUCUUCCCCCUCCCUUUUUCAGGGGGUACCACCACAGCCUACAAGUCCCAGCAUGCCCUUGUUUUCGUCCACUGCCUCCUCCUUCGGCAGCGUUCUCUCGCAGACCACGCAGCCGGUGUUCAACGAGGCCAGUAACAGCAGCCAUGAGUCCAGGGUGGGUCUGGCCAGGGAUAAGGAGAGGAGGGCCGUGGUCCCUCUGGCGGUGGUCUCCACCCUCACCUUCGUGGGACUCAUCAUCCUGGUGGGCAUCCUCAUCUACUGGAGAAAGUGUUUCCAGACUGCCCAUUUCUACAUAGAGGACAACACAUCGCCCAGAGUCAUAUCUGUUCCACCCACACCAUUGCUUACAGCUACAGAUGAACAUGAAGCCCUUACGGUGAAGCAGUUUGUCAAGCACGUGACAGAGCUCCACCACACCAACGCAUUCUCCCGGGAGUUUGAGAUAUUGAAAGAGUGUUACGAGGAGGUGCAGGUGUGCACGGUGGACCUGGGUAUCACCACAGACGGCUCCAACCAUCCAGACAACAAGAACAAGAACCGAUACAUCAAUAUCCUGGCCUAUGACCACAGCCGAGUAAGACUCUCAACCCAGGCUGACAAAGAUGGGAAGAGUGGAGAUUACAUUAACGCAAACUACGUUGACGGUUUCAACAAGUCCAGGGCCUACAUCGCGGCCCAGGGCCCUCUCAAGUCCAGCACCGAGGACUUCUGGAGGAUGGUGUGGGAGCAGAACGUGGGCGUCAUCAUCAUGAUUACCAACCUGGUGGAGAAGGGACGGAGGAAGUGUGACCAGUACUGGCCCCUGGAGAGCCAGGAUGAGUACGGUGGUUUCCUGGUGACGGUGAAGAGCAGCAAGGUUCUGGCCCACUACACCGAGAGAACCUUCACCCUCAGGAACACCAAGGUCCAAAAGGGUUCACUGAAGGGGCGUAUUAACGAGCGGACCGUGACACAGUACCACUACACCCAGUGGCCAGACAUGGGCGUGCCUGAGUACACUCUCCCCGUGCUCACCUUCGUCCAGACGUCCUCCAAAGCCAGGACAGAUGACAUGGGGCCUGUCGUAGUGCACUGCAGUGCGGGCGUAGGCAGGACUGGUACCUACAUAGUGUUGGAUAGCAUGCUGAAGCAGAUCAAAGAAGAGAGCACGGUCAACAUCAUGGGUUUCCUCAAACACAUCCGCACACAGAGGAACCACCUGGUACAGACAGAGGAGCAGUAUGUGUUCAUCCACGACGCCCUGGUGGAGGCCAUCUUGGGCAAGGAGACGGAGGUUUCCUCCAGCCUCAUCCACAGCUACGUCAAUGACCUCCUGACCCCAGGGCCCUCCGGCAGGACGCAGCUGGAGAAACAGUUUAAGCUGGUAUCCCAGUCCAAUGCCAAACAGUGUGACUACUCGGCAGCCCUGAAAGAGUGCAACAGAGAGAAGAACAGAAACUCCUCUUUAAUACCCGUUGAAAGGUCACGGGUGUGUCUGUCUACGGUGGUGGGAGAAACUACAUCAGAUUACAUCAAUGCCUCAUACCUCACGGGGUACCGGCAGAGCACUGAGUUCAUCGUGACCCAGAACCCACUGGCCAGCACGGUGACAGACUUCUGGAGGAUGAUCUGGGAUCACAACGCUCAGGUCAUCGUCACACUGCCGGGAACACCAGAAACAGCGGGAACACUGGGAACACCAAGCCUGGCAGAGGGGGAGGAGCCGUACGUGUACUGGCCCCGCAAGGAGCAGCCAAUCAGCUGUGAGGCGUUCACAGUGACCCUGCGGAGCGAGAACCAUGUGUGUCUGGCCAACGAGGAGAUGCUGGUGGUGCAGGACUAUGUCCUGGAGGCUACACAGGAUGACUAUGUUCUGGAGGUGAGGCACUACCGGACGCCUCGCUGGCCCAACCCAGACAGCCCCAUCAGCAGCACCUUUGAGCUGCUCAGCCUGGUGAGGGAGGAGAGCUCCUCCAAGGAGGGCCCCAUGGUUGUCCAUGACGAGAUUGGCGGUGUUACUGCGGGAACCUUCUGUGCCCUGUCUACUCUGGUGUGCCAACUAGAGUUGGAGAGCUCUGUGGACGUGUACCAGGUGGCCAAGAUGAUCAACCUCAUGAGGCCCGGGACCUUCACUGAUGUUGAGCAGUACCAGUUCCUGUACAAAGCCAUGCUGAGCCUGGUUGGCACACAGGAGGACGAGAGGACGCUCCAGUCCUCUGACAACAACGGAACGGUCCCAGGGGGCCCUGUCAGCACAGCCGAGAGCCUUGAGUCCCUGGUGUAACCAUGGCAACGGGGCCCCUAACUUGCCAGUAUGGACUCUUGCCUGUCUCACUGUGUUCAGUUUUUAAAGACAGCAGCUUUGCCUUUUUCCCCUCCUUUUUUUCUCCUCUUCUGUUCUCCGUCGUUGAAUGGCAGUUUCCUGACCGCUGGACAUGAUACCGCACGACCCUGUAAUGUGUGCCUUUGUAUAUUCAUCUUGUACUUCUAACGGCGUUCAUACAAUUGUAGAUUAACUUUACGAUGUUUUGUCGAUACUGCCGUCUUGAGAUGUUUGCUUAACUAACUGUUUUCCCUAAACUUUCGUAUUUAUUGGCAGUAAGCUAUAAAAAAAGAAGGGAAAAUGCAACUUUUACGUUAAACAACAUUUUGUUAGCCUAUUUUUUGUAGAGUCAAUGCAUUGAGCAACUCAUUCUUCCAUCUAGACAAUGUAAAUACUAUUUUGUUUGUAGCAACAGUGAGCUUUUGAAAUCAAAAAUGCACAUUGGCAUGAAAUAAUACAUCUAAUAUGUAAAUAAUAUUAUAGCAACCAAGACAAUGGACCAAAUUUCUAUUUAUACUUCUAGAUUUUUAUAUUUUACUACGUUUUUUUUAGUCAAUUUUCAAUGUAUGGCUGCAUUCGAAUAACUUAGUCAAAGCAAUUUUUUAAAAUGUUUUAAUGUUAUAGCUAGUGUUCUUCUGUAUUUUGUAAUGGACUAAAUAUGAAGCUUGGGGUACUGACACGUUUUUUGCUGUACAUGAAACUUUGCUGGAUGAUUAGACAUAGGAUUAAACAAGUGAAAGAG